CUCCCCCCACCAACCCCAAAGCCUCGUAGGCAGGCGGAAGGUAACGACUUGGAGGGGGUAGGUGGAGUUUCCUAAUCAUUUACCUGCUGUUUCUGCGAGGCGAGGGAACCCAUCUUUCUCAGACUUUCCAGCCCUCCCUGCCUCCCCUCCAUUUUUCCUUCUCGACCCAAUUCGUUUCUGGGGAGUUGCCACACGCCCGGCAAGGAGUUAGAGAGAGAGAGAGAGAGAGGGAGAGGUUGUUCCAAUGGCGUCGUCUGUAUCGGCCAAGCCGUUUCUUGGGUCGUCGGCUGCCGACUCCGUCUCCGCCUUCCGUUCUCUGCCCUCCGAUCUCAGUAGGCCCUCCCUUCAGUUCUUGAUCCGCACCCCGGCUUCCAGAAAACUCCAGAUAAAGGCUGCUGGGAGCUCCUUUGGGACUCACUUCCGAGUUACCACAUUUGGAGAAUCUCAUGGAGGUGGUGUAGGUUGUGUAGUUGAUGGAUGCCCUCCCCGGUUGCCCCUCUUAGAAGCUGACCUCCAAUUAGAUCUUGACAGAAGACGACCGGGCCAGAGCCGCAUCACUACCCCCAGAAAAGAGACGGAUACAUGCCGAAUAUAUUCAGGAGUCUCUGAUGGAGUGACCACAGGGACGCCAAUCAUGGUACUAGUUCCCAAUACUGAUCAGAGAGGCCAUGAUUACAGUGAAAUGUCAAAAGCUUAUAGGCCUUCUCACGCAGAUGCAACUUAUGAUAUGAAGUAUGGUGUGAGAUCAGUUCAGGGUGGUGGAAGAUCUUCAGCAAGAGAAACUAUCGGAAGAGUUGCAGCUGGGGCAAUUGCUAAAAAGAUUCUUAAGGAAAUUUCAGGAACUGAGGUGCUUGCUUAUGUCUCUCAAGUCCAUAAUGUUGAACUUCCACAAGAAUUAGUUGACCAUGAAACUCUGACUCUUGAUCAGAUUGAGAGUAACAUCGUUAGGUGCCCAGAUCCUGCAUAUGCUGAGAAGAUGAUUGCUGCAAUUGAUGCUGUUCGAGUGAGAGGGGAUUCUGUUGGUGGCAUUGUUACAUGCAUUGUUAGGAAUGCUCCCCGUGGGCUGGGAUCACCAGUUUUUGAUAAACUUGAAGGUUUGCUGGCGAAGGCUGCUUUGUCUUUACCUGCAACCAAGGGCUUUGAAUUUGGCAGUGGAUUUGCAGGAACUUAUUUGACUGGUAGCCAGCAUAAUGAUGAAUUCUGUGUGGAUGAAAAUGGAAGGAUCAGGACAAGAACAAAUCGCUCUGGUGGAAUACAGGGUGGUAUAUCCAAUGGUGAAAUUAUAAACAUGAGAGUAGCUUUCAAGCCAACAUCUACUAUCGGAAAGAAGCAACACACAGUUACUAGGGAGAAACAAGAAACAGACCUGAUUGCUCGUGGUCGCCAUGAUCCUUGUGUCGUCCCACGGGCGGUUCCAAUGGUAGAAGCCAUGGCUGCGCUAGUACUCGUCGACCAACUGAUGGCGCACUAUGCACAAUGCUGUCUCUUUCCCAUCAAUCCUGAGCUGCAAGACCCUCUGUCCUUGUCGAGUGCUCGGAGAGGCAUUGAAUUUGCCCCUUCAGAGGAGAUAGCAAACCAGUUGUGAAACCGUCUCUGCCGUUGAGGGUUCGUCUUGAAUACAGUAUCCCCGAUAAUUCCCUAUGGCGGGGCAAUUUAAAAUUGUCUUAGCCUUUUUGUAGUUGGACCCUUUCUUAAUCAUGUAUUUUCUUCUGAUUUGUAAUUGUGAGAUAGGCGCAAGAAACUCUACGGUCAUGUUUGAGCUCUUCUUAGAAGUUAUACUUGUCGUGCCAAAGUUUGUUGCACCAGAUUUGAUGAAAUAAAAUAUAUUUGUGAGAUAUGUAUGUAACUAUUUUCACAUAA